ACCUCAGUGGACCAACAAUGGGCCCUCCGCCCAGGCAGGCCUCGCAACAUCUUCCAUCACCCUCAACCGGGCGAGCCAUGGCCAGUGCAUCUGACCCUUAGAACUCCAUAACUGCACCACGAAAUCUUGAUCGGAGCGAGUUGAGUCUCUGCUCACAAUGGCCGCUACGCUGGGGCUGGGCCCUCGCCCGUUCGUGCACGGCCACGCGCUGGCAAGUCUCAACGGCCGCUUCGUCAAGUCCGCGCCUCGACAUGCGACGCCUCUCCUCGCCCACGCACGAUGCCCUGGCCGUGCGCCUUGCGCCGCGCGCAACUUCUCCUCCCGCCCUGGCAAGCGACCGCGCUUCUCCCAGCGCCUAAGCGAAGCCCUCCGCAACAGCAAGAUCCAAUGGUACCAAAUCCCCGUCGGGCUGGGCAUUGGUUUUCUCGGCCUGUUGCAGUUCUACAAGGUCUCCGCCCGGGAGCAGGAGAAGAGACGUGCGGAGCAAGAGGGCGAAGUUCCCGGCGGGCAGCCCAAGCCGCGCCCGCGGGUGCGUCCGGAGGGUCCAUGGCAGGUUCAAGUCAUGUCAACUUUGCCUCUGAAAGCCAUCUCGCGGUUGUGGGGCAAGUUUAACGAGCUCACAAUCCCAUACUAUCUGCGCGUGCCUGGCUUCAAGCUCUACUCCUUCAUAUUCGGCGUCAACCUCGACGAAGUGGCCGAACCCGACCUCCACGUAUACCCCAAUUUGGCCGCAUUCUUCUAUCGAACCCUCAAACCCGGCGUUCGCCCGCUUGAUCCUGACACCAAUGCGCUAGUAUCUCCUGCUGACGGCAAAAUCCUUCAAUAUGGCCGGAUUGAAGGCGGUGAUAUCGAGCAGGUCAAGGGCAUGACGUACAGCAUUGAUGCGCUGCUCGGGAAGAAUACACCGACUUCCAGUAUUCGAAGUGGCUCCUCUGGCCACAGCCAGCUCGAGCCGAGCCAUCGCGAGCGCCACGGUGACGAAGAGAUUAUCAAACAAGAGGAGGAGUUUGCCAAGGUCAAUGGCAUUUCGUACACGCUGCCUGAUCUGUUGUCCGGCCCGAGCCACGGUAAAGCGGAUCAUGCCGCAACGGACGAGUCGACCGAGGUUUCGCAGCGCGCAGUCUCUGAAGUUCGCGCCGAGCUAGCCCUGGGGGAGAAGCCGUGGUAUGAUAUUCUCUCCGAGGACAAGGCCAGCGCCCUGUACUACGCCGUCAUUUACCUGGCUCCGGGCGAUUACCACCGCUUCCACUCUCCAACCAACUGGGUCGUGGAGCGGAGACGACACUUUGCCGGGGAACUGUACAGCGUUUCCCCAUAUCUACAGCGGACGCUGCCCGGUCUGUUCACUUUGAACGAACGCGUUGUGUUGCUUGGCCGCUGGCGGUAUGGCUUCUUCAGUUAUAUACCUGUCGGCGCCACCAACGUUGGCUCUAUCAAGGUCAACUUUGACCGCGAGCUACGCACCAACAGCCUGACGACAGACACAGCGGCCGACCACGCCGCCGACGAGGCAGCGAAGCGCGGCGAGCCGUACCUUGGGUUUUCAGAAGCUACGUACGAGGGGGCCAGCACGGUCCUGCAUGGCCACGCGCUGAGGAGAGGUGACGAGAUGGGAGGGUUCCAGCUCGGCAGCACCAUUGUCCUCGUUUUUGAGGCACCACGGGAGAGGCACGAAGAGCACAAACCGGUGUCGGGGUGGGAGUGGUGUGUUGAGAAAGGACAAAAGAUACGUAUGGGCCAGGCACUGGGACGUAUCUUGCCGGAAUAGCGUCCGCGGCACGGGGUACGGCUCUGGGCGCGAAGGAAGAGGUGGGACUUGCAUCACGUCUUGGCGAGAUGGGCCGGGCAUUGUACAUGUAUUAUAUCCAACUCGUUUGUCACGAUCCCUACCCGUUGGGUCGAUGUCGGGGUGUCGACCAACCCUUGGAAAUGGACUGGUCGUCUUCAUCAUGACGCACUUGAACGAACGAAGAACGCAUAUGAACAGUAGUUGAUCAUUCAAACGUAUA